AUGACGCCGCCGGCGAGCACAGGCCAGCACGCCGGCGCGAUAGACGACGAGCCGCUGCUGCCGGAGUUCUCGGCGGGUGGCCACGGCGGCGGCGGGGCGUCGGUCUCCGGCGCCGUGUUCAACGUGUCGACGAGCAUCGUCGGCGCCGGCAUCAUGUCGAUCCCGGCAGCAAUGCGCGUGCUCGGCGUGGUCCCGGCGCUGUUCCUCAUCGCCGCCGUCGCCGCGCUCGCCGACGUCUCCGUGGAGUUCAUGCUGCGGUACACGGGGUGGGCGGCCGGCGGCAAGAAGACCAAGGGCACGUCGUACGCGGGGAUCAUGGGCGACGCCUUCGGCCGCUCCGGCGCCGCCGUGCUCAACGUCUUCAUCGCCUUCACCACCGCGGGCACGCUCGUCGUCUACCUCAUCAUCAUCGGGGACGUGAUGUCUGGGAGCGUCGGCGGAGGCGACGAGCACGCCGGGGUGCUGCAGGAGCUGUUCGGCCCGCAGUGGUGGACCGGGAGACAGUUCGUGCUGCUCGUCACCGCCGUCUUCGUUCUGCUGCCGCUCGUGCUCCGCCGCCGUGUCGAUUCGCUGAGGUUCACGUCGGCCAUCUCCAUCCUACUGGCGGUGGUGUUCAUGCUCAUCAGCUUGGGGAUCGCGCUGUACGCGCUCUUUAAGGGCACCGCGACCAUGCCGCGGAUGCUCCCGGACUUCUCCAGAUUCUCCUCACCGUUCGAGCUCUUCACCGCCGUCCCCGUCAUCGUCGUCGCCUUCACCUUCCACUUCAACGUGCACCCGAUCCGCGCGGAGUUGAGCAAGACGUCGGACAUGAAGACGGCCGUGCGCGUCUCCCUCGUGCUCUGCGCCGCCAUCUACGCCGCCGUGGGAUUCUUAGGGUACCUCCUGUUCGGGGACGCCACCAUGGCCGACGUGCUCGCCAACUUCGUCCGCAGCUCCGGGACCGGCGUCCCGCAGGCGCUCAACGACGCGGCGCGCCUCAGCUACGCGCUGCACCUCGUGCUCGUGUUCCCGCUCCUCCUCUUCUCGCUCCGGGUCAACGUCGACGAGCUCCUCUUCCCGGGUCGCCGGCCGCUCGCCGCGGACACGCGCCGGUUCGUGUCCCUGACAACCGUGCUCAUGGCGGUGCUCUACGCGCUGGCCAUUGCGAUCCCCAGCAUCUGGACGCUCUUCGAGUACUCUGGGUCCACGUUCGCGGUCACCAUCUCGUUGAUCUUCCCUGGCGCCAUAGUUCUCAGGGAUGUUCAUGGAAUAGCAAAGCGCAAGGACAAGGCAUUGGCGGCAACGAUGAUCGUUCUGGCAGUGGUCACGAGCAGCAUCGCCAUUGCCUCGAACAUCAUGAGCUCCAUCAGUGACAAAGUCAGAGGAGGUCAUGUAGCUAGCAGAUGA